GUCCAUCCAUCCAUCCGUUGACAUCAAGAGCACUGCAUCUAAUCCAAUCCAACACACGCGUCACUCUCACCUGUCCACACACACACAUGCAAUGAGCCGGUCAAUAGAAUGGAUGGCCGUCAGUCCAAGACACCCACCCCCUUCUCUGUCUGCCUGUACAAGACAGGAAGGGAGGUGCCAAACUACGAGCCAUCGAGCCAGCCAACCGUCCAUCUCAUCCCCGGCAACAUCACGACAAUGGUAUGAACACGCUGCAGCCAUCCAACGACACAAGGAGAGAAGGUGCCAAAUUACGAGCCAUCCAUCCAUCCAUCCAAUGCAGUCACGGCAACGUCACAGCAACGGCAUGAACACACGCUGCAGCCAUCCGUCGAGAGGCAGACAGGCAGACAUGAGGCAGCCAUCGAGCAGCCGACUCAUGCGAUUCAUGCCAAGCUAGCUACACCCUGCCGCCUGCUGGCUACCACCCACCCAUCCCCUUAGCGAGUAAGUUUUCUAUCUAUCGGUCGCCCGCCGAGCCGGACUCGUCGCCCCCCGUCUCUGCCUCUCCCCCCUGAGUCGCCUCCUCUACUUCCGUGAUGGAUGCACCCGUGUACUGGGCGCUCUGCGCCAGGGCGGCCGCCAUCCGGGGGUUCGGCUGCCCCACGCGGGCCGACGCGCGCACUGGUCUCGGGCCGUCAGGCGCCACCAGUGCGUUGUCCCUCUGGCGAAUCUGCAGCUGGAUGGCUGUCGAGGGGUCCUGCGCGUGCUUGUGCCGCAGAGCCUUCAGCACGUUCUCCUCGGGAUUGCUGCACCACUCCGUGGACCAGAAGUGGCCGGGAGGAGUGGGCUCAGGGAGUGGGGGCUGCAUGCCGGGGAUCGUGCUGGGGCGGAUGAUGUAGUUGCUGUCCACGCCCACGCCGAUGCGCAUGAGUUUGUCGAGCUUGAGGCGGCCGCCGAAGAACGCCGGGAAGAGGCUCGCCAACGGCAACGUCAGCUGUCGCCGGCUGUCCCGCCUGCACACAGACAGACAGACAGACAGACGACAGACGUUGGAUGGAUGGAUGGAUGGAUGGACGUUCCUCCCUCCCUCCCUCCCUCCCUCUCUCCCUCCCGCCAUCCCUCCCUCUCUGCCCGCCCCGCCCCGCCAUCUCACCCGAGCUGAGUAGCCGACACCCUGAAACGCAGGAAGACCCAGAAUACCCCGUCCUCAUUGAUGGCCGAGCGAGGCACGCUGCUGGAGGUGUAUAGGUAGUAGGGCUGGUCGCCUGUGGCACUCGGGGGGUGGUAGGGCUCCGCCUGGUUGGGGUCGAAGCUGAUGACGCUGUCGUUGUGGACGAAGGCGUGGUGGCUCGGUGUGCUCGGAAUGUCGGUGAGAAUGACCACAUCACCAGGAGAGCGACCUGCACACAAACACAGGCAGGCACAUCGUCACACACGUCACACGUCACCCACCCACCCACCCACCUCCCCCACCGCCUCACCAGUGCUGCUUUGCAAGAGGUAGAACUCGACACAGCUGCCGUCGUGCUCGCUGCCGCUCGGCAUGUCCAGGGCCAUGUGUGCCGACCAUGGCCCUUCUGUGAAGGAGGUGCCGGCGUCGUUGUCGGCCAACGGGAACUCGAACCUCAGCACCAGCUGCUGAUAGAAGAGGACGUCAUCGUGCUCCAGCUCGCACUGCACGCCCCACUCCCCACCCCUGGUCGUGCCACCCACCGGCCGUACCCCCCCACGGAUCGGCUUCAUGGCCGUGAAUUUGGUCGCACCACGAGCCGACACCUUGACGGAGCGGAUACGGAACCCCUGCACAAAAAAGAUGUCGCCCUGCUGCAGCCCUUCGAGGUUCGGCUCGGGUAGUUCUGCACGUCGACGAGGCACACCUGACCCUCAUCAGCACUACGCCUGACACACAAACACAAGACACCGAUGUGUCGGUCCCCUCUCUCUGCUCCAUCCAUGCAUCCAUCUGCCUUGCGCUUACUUGACGAAGUACUGCUCCAUAUGAGUGUUGUUCAUCUCUACCAGCAGCUGCACCGACCGCGACGCGGAGUGCGGGUGGGCGGGGUGGCCCCCCGUCGUGCACAGGUGGUCAGGCCGCACAUGCUCCUUGGCGAUGGUGAGCAUGCCGCCUGAGAAGCACGGCCGAUGGUACCGCUUCCACGAGAAGUUGACGGGCUCGUAGGUAGGGGGGUCGGUGCUCCAGUCUCCGAUGAAGACGGCCGACGGCUUCUUCGUUAGGUCGACAGUCAUGACGUCACGGCGGCGGUCGUAGUCGAACGAGUCGCGGCUCGACCCUCCAUCGUGGACGUCGCAGUAGCCCUUGAUCCGCAGAGAAACGGGCGUGCAGACAUCGAGAACCGAGCAAUAGCCGACGUCCAUCUCGUGCCCGAUGGCGUACAUCUCGCUGAGAGUGUGGGGUGGCCGCUCGAGGACCUCGUGGAUGAACUCGCGCCGAGGCGUCCACUCGUCAGCAUCGUCAGCUGCGUUGCUGCUGCCGCUUCUGGGACAGCACGACGGCCUUAGGAGCUUCCAUGGAUCCGACAUGCCUGCUGCAGUCACACCUCGAGCUAUACGACCUACACGACCUGAACACGAAACACACACACACACACGGGGGCAUCCAUCCAUCCACCCAUCCAUCCAACUUACGUGCGAAGUUGACCACCGAGUCCUCCGAUCUGGUGACGAUGGUGGUGCGCCACUCGGGCGGCAGCUCCAACAUCAGCUGCUGCACCUUCACCUCCCCCUCCCCCUCCCCCUCCCACCCAAUCUCUAUCUUGUUCACCACGUACCCCACCACCCUGUCCCUGAUGGCCUUGUCGUCCUUCAUGGUCGGCUUCUCACGCAGCAUGAAGGCCAACACGCCGGGCAGGGGCAGGGGCAU